AUGCCACGUCAAGGAGAAACGGCGCAUAGCUGCAGAUAUGGAAAGACAGACAGGACAAGACAGAAGAAGGAGAAAGAUGGGACGGACGCAAGGAAGGACGGACGGAAGAAGGAGAAAGAUGGGACGGACGCAAGGAAGGACCGACGGAAGAAGGAGAAAGAUGGGACGGACGCAAGGAAGGACCGACGGAAGAAGGAGAAAGAUGGGACGGACGCAAGGAAGGACCGACGGAAGAAGGAGAAAGAUGGGACGGACGCAAGGAAGGACCGACGGAAGAAGGAGAAAGAUGGGACGGACGCAAGGAAGGACCGACGGAAGAAGGAGAAAGAUGGGACGGACGCAAGGAAGGACGGACGGAAGAAGGAGAAAGAUGGGACGGACGCAAGGAAGGACGGACGGAAGAAGGAGAAAGAUGGGACGGACGCAAGGAAGGACGGACGGAAGAAGGAGAAAGAUGGGACGGACGCAAGGAAGGACGGACGGAAGAAGGAGAAAGAUGGGACGGACGCAAGGAAGGACGGACGGAAGAAGGAGAAAGAUGGGACGGACGCAAGGAAGGACGGACGGAAGAAGGAGAAAGAUGGGACGGACGCAAGGAAGGACGGACGGAAGAAGGAGAAAGAUGGGACGGACGCAAGGAAGGACGGACGGAAGAAGGAGAAAGAUGGGACGGACGCAAGGAAGGACGGACGGAAGAAGGAGAAAGAUGGGACGGACGCAAGGAAGGACGGACGGAAGAAGGAGAAAGAUGGGACGGACGCAAGGAAGGACGGACGGACGCAAGGAAGGACGGACGGACGCAAGGAAGGACGGACGGACGCAAGGAAGGACGGACGGAAGAAGGAGAAAGAUGGGACGGACGCAAGGAAGGACGGACGGAAGAGAGAGAAAGAUGGGACGGACGCAAGGAAGGACGGACGGAAGAGAGAGAAAGAUGGGACAGGCGCAAGGAAGGACGGAAGAGAGAGAAAGAUGGGACAGGCGCAAGGAAGGAAGGACGGAAGAGAGAAAGAUGGGACAGGCGCAAGGAAGGAAGGACGGAAGAGAGAAAGAUGGGACAGACGCAAGGAAGGAAGGACGGACAGAAGAAAGAGAAAGGUGGGACAGACGCAAGGAAGAGAAAGGUGGGACAGACGCAAGGAAGAGAAAGGUGGGACAGACGCAAGGAAGAGAAAGGUGGGACAGACGCAAGGAAGAGAAAGGUGGGACAGACGCAAGGAAGGACGGAAGGAAGACUGGAUGGUGAAAAGGAAGGACAAAAGUACAGAAUGA